AUGGCACGAAGCCAUCCAAAUCCACGGUUAUUCCCCGGAAAUCGUAGUCAGCGCGUUCCCCAGGCAGUAGCAAGUUUCGGUUGUCCUGCAAUCGUCACAACCGAUAGCGGGGCAAGUUUCGAACGAGCAUCCUCCAAGUUACUAGCUACCCCAGGCACACAACAGAUAAAAUCGACAGCCUACCAUCCUGCAGCUAAUAAAAUGAUGGAGCGUUUCCAUGGACUCCUCAAGGCUGCUCUGCAGGUGCCAGAAAACCCGCGCUGGUCAGAAGUGCUGUCGUUAUCUACGCUAGGGAUUCCAGAUGUGAUCAAAAGCGACUUCAACGCAUCACUAACUGAACUAGUCUACGGUCCUUCUUUGCGUUUUCUGGCGAACUAG